AUGUCUUCUCCAGUGGCUGACGUCGACUUGGAAAUGUCCCCCCAUCCCUCUAGGAGGACGACAGGCUCUAUAGAAGCCCCACGCAGCCAGAAUGCCGACAGCCUACAUGUUCCCAGGACCAAUGAGGAUGAAUCACAGCCCACCAAGACAGAGAUCCUGGAUAAGCCUUGGAAGUACGUCGGGUAUGAUGGCUACUCGAAAUUCAUUGCUUCGGACAGCGACUUCUUCAUUCUAAGGCGCUUCAGUACUCUAAACGUCAGGAUAGCCCUGGCUCUUCAGGAUGAUAUCUCAUCCUUGGAGGAGGAGCUUGCGGCUUUAGAUAAGAAGUAUAGCAUGAAGAGCCAUGUAGAUGUGCAUAAUGGCUCUCUAAGGCACGACCAGAGAGACCGCAAAGCUGUCGUUGAGAAAAUUACAAAAUUACGAGACUCGGAAAAGAACAGCUCACUGCACUGGCCUAACAAUUCUACAGAUGAGUUCGUCCUUCAGCAGGCAAAAUUGCACCAGCUCGACCCUGCUCCAAAACGAGACAUAAAAAACCUCCACAACUGGCAUCACAAUCAUGACAAGGAUGCUAUUUUUGAAGAAGAGUGGAAAUAUCUGGCUCAUGAUGAUUUAAUCUGCCCAGUGACCAGGGACAAAACACCACUACGGCGCCUGCUUGACAAGUCACAUUGGCUACGCACAUUAACAAUAUGGAGGAACAAAGAUGUAAAGGCGCCAGAAUACGAUGCGGAACAUAUAUCCUACUACUCCAACAAGCGGAUGGACCGUUUCACGUCCGCUAUCCUUCUCAUAAUUGGUAUAGUGAUGCUCAUCACACCGAUAUGGAUCCUCGAAGCUCUCAAUGGAAUUCGACACAAGCUUGCUGUCAUUACUGUAUACGUAUUUGUGUUCCUUCUCAUUCUGUCUCUUGCGAUGUACACGAAACCUUUCGAGGCUCUGGGCGCCACAGCCGCGUGA